UAACGUACUGCCAAGAAUUUGGAAUUGGAUAGGAAAAAAUACGGGAGAGUUGGAAACUUGGAACUUGGAAUGCCGAUGGGGAAGUAUUUUUGCGAUUACUGCGAGAAGGAAUUCCAGGACACACCACCUUCGAGAAGACGCCAUCUUCAAAGCGGCCAACACCUUCGAGCCAGAGCUCAAUGGUACGCCUCCUUCAAAGAUCCCAACCAUCCUUACCCGACACAAGGGGUCUGCAACCGCUUUGUCAAUACGGGAUCUUGCCCAUAUGGUGAUUCUUGUAAAUACCUUCAUCCCAAGAACAAUCAGCAGGAUACAGUUUUGAUUGAUAAUAAUCAGUCUUCGACUUUUCAAGAGAAUCAGUCGGUUGGAGGCAGCUCUUUGCCAGAUGUGGUUGUCAGAGAUCAUACGGGAACGUCAUGGAGCAAUCUACCUCCAUCCCUAAUGCCUCCUCCAGAGGGUGGACAUCCGCGGCUUCCUUUCGUAGACUGGGGAUAAGUUUAUCUUUAUAUUUUAUAUGAGUUUUUGCUUUGACGUGCGAUCGUGCAAGUGACAGGACUGAGUACAUACAAAGAGCUGGUGGGGUAGCAGUACAAAGGAUAGGGAGCUUGAAGUGACUAUGUUACCCUUAUACCCUUAUUAUUUCGGAAUGUUUAUUUUGAGAGCCUACGAGCAUGGUACCCUAGUGAGGGUUGUGUACUUUGUUGUUACACUUGUAUAUAUAUAUGUGGGAGAGACUCCACUAGCAUGCUUUA